CUCAAACACCGAGGAAACACGUUUUUUUCGUUAAUCGUCGUCGUCGCCUCCAGCGACGACGAACCAGGCAUUAUAUUAUGCUUCCUUUCAAUUUCGUCGCUACUGCCCUGCACAAUCCGCUCAUCUAAUCAACCUCCGAAUAUCUCAAGAAUACCCGAACCCUCAAAUUAUGAAACAUUCACCUCCGCCAGUAAUACCGACAACGACGUGGCUGCCAGCGCUACUCUCCCAUGUACCACUCAUCUCUAUGGCAGCUGGUGCUGUCUUUUUGCAAGUUUUGCGAUCGCUUUGGCCGGAUUCCUACUAUUUCACCAUAAAAUCUCUCACCUAUUGGCAUGGGUCACGCGAAUGACGGGAUCGUCUGGGGGUGCCGUUGCUCAAGAACAAGGGAAGGAAUGUGAGUUUUCGGGAGCCGGUGGGGAUACAAUCAAGAGGUCCCAAAUAUCCUCACAAAUCCCUAGUGCUACGAAGAACUUAGUUCCGGAAGAUGUGCAGCUACGUUGCGAAGAGUGGCUGGGUCAUCUGGAUAGUCCAGAGCAGCACAGUGCCUCAACAGGGAGUCGCAUUAUUCGCAAAGGUGAACUCGUUGCCUGGGUACGUUUUUACUUCGUGUUACUCAUGUAGUUUAGCUCAAACAACCACAUUGUUAUCAUCAGGCUAAGGAAUUCCGCAAACGUUACCCAACACGCCCUCACUCUCCUCAAACAGCAACGGAGGACCUGUAAACGAGCAGAUUCAACGAUUGGAGUGGAGUUUCAACAGAGGGAAAGGAAGCACAGUCCCUUGUUGACGUUUUUUUCUUGUCUUCUUGCCUUUACAUACAAUAAAAGUAAUAUCUUGUCAGUACAGUAAGAGUACAUGGUCUCAUAGCAAGAGGCUAAUACAAUUCUUUGCUACACUC